AUCUUUUAGCACGUAUCAAGAGUGGUAGAAAAAUUCAAGUGCAAGUUGAGUCUAUAAAACGAAGGAAACUGAAUAUGAAACGGGUACAUUCUGAAAGUAAUGAAAAUGAUAUUCAAAAUAUUCCCAAACGUAAGGCAAGAAUGAUGAGCAAAAAGGAACAUAAUUUGCAAAAAAAUGUUUUAAACAAUUCAUUAAAUUAA